AUGGCUAAUCACUUUCUCUAUCUCACCUCAUAUAUUCUCGUUUUUCUCUUUCUCAUCUCUUCCGUCUCGACUGAAGUUUCGUACACUUUGCCUGAUAGGUGGUAUAGCGCUGGUGAUGAACAAUAUUAUAUUGUGGGAGUCGAUUCCUCGAUUUUUUAUGGGAAUACGAUAAGGAGAUUAUCUAAUUUUUUUGGUACUAUGAUGCAAAAUUUUUUUCCUCAAGACUUUUUGGGCAAACGAGUCCGAUUAACAAGCUUCGUGAAAUCCAAUAAUGUCACAGGUUGGGCUGGUAUGUGGAUGCGAGUUGAUACAAAUAAAACUCAAACUCUCAAUAAUAUGUAUUAUCGACCUAUCACUGGCACUGUUGAUUGGAAGAAAUGUGAAAGUAUUUUAGAUGUUCCCAAUGACACAGUCAGUCUUUCUUUUGGCGUUUUAGUACAUGGUGAUGGGGAAGCUUGGUUCAAUCAAUUCGAAUUUAAUACAGUCGACGAAAGUCAAGUUCUAACUACUAACUAUAGUGUUUAUCCUAUAAAUGGAACAACAUAUUCUGGACAAACUCGAUCAUCCAAUUAA